CGCGUCAUUGUAUUUUUCCUCAACGCAGCUGACGAUGUAAACAAGAGGAUUGGCGAGUGCGGCAACUCGUUUUAUCCACUAUUAUCUUUAACUGCUGUAUUUCUUUAAACCCAAAAAGCAGCCAUGGGGCUCCCCGUUACUAUUAAGGUGAAUUUCAGAGGGAAUGUAAAGAGAUUUGUAGCUCCGGAUUUGGACAAAUCGGAAUGGGAGUCUGUGGAAGCCUGGAUAAAAGCAUCAUUUGGCAUAAGUCAUUUUCAAGUUAAGUACUUUGAUGAGGACAAUGAGGAGGUUUCCAUUAACAGUCAAGAGGAGUAUGAGGAGGCGGUAAAGAGUGCAGAGAAGCAGGGCAACCAGUUGCACAUGAACGUUUACAAGGCGAAGCAAGGUCUGACUGGAGCUGGGCCAAUCAAGACCCAAGAGGUGAAAGAGCUCAAGGGGGACCGCCGGCCGGCCCCCCCCUACCCUUCCAGGGUCAAGACUGUGGACAAGGGCACUCAGGUCACACCCGAGAGAGAUGCUGUGGUUAAAGACAGCAAGCUGACUAAGCCGGAUGACAAGCCUCCCCCAGCUUGGUUUAGAUCCUAUAUGGAAAAGUUUAAGGAUGAGGUGGUUAAGGAGGUUGUGGAGAGGAUGUGUAACGACUUCUCUGGCCAGUGCUGCACCCACAAGGUUCCCGACCUGGACAGGCCCCUGGAGGCCCUUGGAGCAGUGGGUGGAGUCAAUGUGAAGGGGCCGAAGAUCAGCCCUUUUUCCACUGGGCCCCCAGCCUACACCUCACUGGGCUACACUCCAGACUGCAGCAAGUGCAAGAGACCAGCGUCUGAUGGAGCUUAUCAAUGCAGUGUGUGUCCAUCCUGCAUCUUGUGUGAACUGUGUCGACACAGCCAUGACCCAAGCCACAACCUGGUGAGAACCAAGACGCCCCUGUCAAUCCCUGAGCAUGGGACGUCAGGAGAAUCAAGAUUUACGAGGCGAGGAGACAGGACAGUGCGCAAAGCAGAGCGUCAGCGCCUCAAAGCCGAGAGGAGGCAGCUCAAGGCUGAGGUGAAGGAGAUCAAGAAGAAGCUGAGGCUGGAGAAGAGGGGCCUGCAAUGGGUCGCCCCUGCAACUACCAAUGCCAGAUCCAACAUAGCUGCCAACAUGGCCCCAGCCCUGGCCUCAGCCCUGGCCCCUGCUCCUACUGCUACCCAGGCCCCAGAAGCAGCCCCUUCCCCAGACCCCCAGGCCUCCAGUCCAGAGGGUCCCGAGGUCUCCCACACCACCUUGGUGCCCACUAUGGCUGCCUUGUUUCUGGAUGAAAAUCUGCCCGAUGGGACCCGUCUAGAGCCUGACACCAAGUUCAUCAAGUACUGGAAGAUGAGGAACUCGGGCACCAUCAGCUGGACUUCAGAGACCAAGCUGAAGUUCAUGUGGGGUAACUUGGCAUCGGAAGAGAAGCGUGAGGUGUCCGUUCCCGCACUGCAGCCAGGCCAGGUGGGCGUGGUCAGUGUGGCCUUUGUUGCCCCGGUGACGGAAGGCACGUACACCUCGCACUGGCGCCUGGCGCACCGCGGAGGGCAGUUUGGCCCCCGCGUGUGGUGCAGCAUCGUGGUGGCCCACAGCCGACCGACCGACUGUCCUCAGAGCCAACGCCCGAAGGAACUGCCCCGGCCUGUGGGGGUGGAGAAGGUGGAGGGGACGUCCAGUGACACCACCAGUUCUAGGGACAGCGGUCUGACCACCUCUGUAGACCUCUAUCACAGAGAUUACUUCUUCCCGUCUGUGGACCUGCUAACUGCGCAGGACCUGUUGUCAUUUGAGUUGCUGGAUAUUAACAUUGUACAAGAGUUGGAGAAGGUUCCACACAACACUCCAGUUGAUCUGACCCCCUGCAUGUCCCCUCUGCCCCAUGAGGGCCCUUUAAUGGAGAAUCCAGACUGCACUGAGGGGAACAGGGUCAACCUGCUUGGUAUGAGGCGGGAGAACUCUGAUCCCCCUGGCCACGACGAGGGCGAUGAGGGGGACAUCAGUGGGACCCAGUUUGUGUGUGAGACGGUCAUCCGCUCCCUGGCUUUGGAGGAGGCUCCCGACCACAAGCCACUGAGACGUCAGAGCGCAUCCUGCAGGAGCCACGGUGAGGAACAGGACACAUUUACACACCCGCGCCAGCAUGCUCUCCCAGCAGGGGCCCCGGGCCCUGUCUUUGGCUCUGAGAGGAGAGGACAGGACACAGCAGAGAGAGUGGCCGAACCAGGUGUGCUGAUGACGGGGUUAACGAGAAGUCACAGUUCUCCCCCAGGGUUACCCCAGAUCACACUGUCCGAGGAGCAGACUGUCACAGAGGUGCUUCUGGACCCAGAGGUGGAAAAUGUGUGCGUGGCGCUGCAGGCCAUAAAGGAGGAACCACACGGCAGCGACGGCGUCAAGGAGAAGAGAGAACAGGACCAAGGCGUUGAAAACGACUCCGACGUGAUUGAAGAAGGGGGCGAAGACCGGCGAGAAGAGGUGCCGGGGGACUGGGAUGAGGUGAGCAGCCAGCUGUCCAGCGCGUCGUCGUCGUCGUCAUCAUCCUCCUGCGAGGACUACGUUGUCGUCCUGCCAGACUGCUUCGACACCAGUCGGCCGCUGGGCUGGUCCAUGUACAGCCCUGCCCUCUCGGAGCCAGUGGCCACUGCGGCCGUGGGGCCUGAGGAGCUGUCCAGAGCCGCCCCCGAGGGCGGGGGUCACGAGGGGGUCGAGGCCGCCGCCAGCGUCACCGAGGCCCCACUCCACCCCGGUGUCAACCAGAUGCCGUGUGCCUCCCAGACGCUGGACGCCGUGCCGACCGUCUGUCGCCCGACCACGCCGAGCCCGUACGCACACAGGUCUGAGGCAGUCGAUGUUGCAGCGCAAACCAGUCCAUGUCUAUCUGUACCAAAAGAACCAUGCCAACCAGCGGUCCAUUUAAAUGUGUCUACUCCGACCAGACCUUCAGAUCCAGCCAGUGCCUUGGAGACGUACUCCAGAUCAAGCAGCUCCCUGCACCCAAGGGACAGAGGCGGCAUCACAGAGGGCCUGGUCAAGGGGGCUCUGUCAGUGGCUGCGUCCGCCUACAAGGCUCUCUUCACCGGACAGAGCUGCUCCACACACAGUGGCGUGGACCCAGCCAGACAGGAUGCCUCCAUGAUGGCCGUGCUGCUGGAGAUGGGCUUCCGGGACCGGCGGCUUAACCAGCGACUGCUGAGGAAGAACAAGCGCAACCUGCUGCACACCGUGAACGAGCUCAUCGCCAUGGCUGACAACGAAUGGGGUGUCGCUACGGGCAACUGACGGGGGCCGCUCAGCCAGUCGGCCAGGCCCCUACACACGACCCCUUGUGACGCACAGUGACAGGACGGUGGGGGUGGUGGUGGGGGGGGGGGGCAUUAUGGCACUGUUGUCUCAGGGCGGCGUGUCAGCCGAUGGGCCCCUACCUGUUUGACGGAGGGUAGGCUCUCGAUUCAAAACAGAACGGAGGAUGCUAGUAUUGAAUGUGAUCAGAAUUGGUUGGGAUGACGUUGGGACAACUCCUGUCGAUUCGAAAGACUUACAGGGUUGCUUAAACAGGUGAUUUGGUUAGGUGGGAUUGAAGUACUGAGAUGUCCUUUUGAUUUAUCUUAGAUCUGGUAGUAUGUCGGCCAAGUCAAUGCAAUCUUGUGUGCAUCAAAAGUACUGUUAACUUAGACGUAAGGUGAGCAGCGACGUUUGACCUGUGGAUUGUAUGAGGAACAGGUAUUGCAGAGUAAACGAGGUAUUUCUUUUGAGGUGACAUCUGCAUGUCAGGUUUAAGUAUAUGUUAGUCAUUGUGGUACUAUAAGACUCACAGCUAUAAAUGUUGACUUUGCUUCACACAUAAUAAUCAUCUUCUUUAUGUCUUACAACACUACUAAGUCUAUUCGUAUUUAACCUUGAUGAGACAUUCCUAAGUUUGUUCAUGGAACCAGGUUUUUCAUAGUUUGUUUUUACCAAAUGGUAAUCAGUAGUAACAGAUUCAUGCUUUGUUAUUGAGACUUACAUGAAUGGUCAUGUGAGUACAGUUUUUAGUCAUUGCAUAGGGCUGUGUCAUGUUUGACAGCUUCAUUAAUGUGUACAUUUCCUUUAAGAACUGACAGAGGAAGUAUGUAACUGGACACAUUGUGCGAGUGUGUGCGUGCUUGUGAUACAGUUCAAAUGAUUGUGCUUUAGAAGGUCUGAAUAUAUUUACUAUACUUGGUGAAGGGUCUCCUUUCAUUUAGAGUGUAAGCUAGUAUCCUUCAAUUGUCAAUCAGCCAAUAAACGAAUUGCACAAUU